CCGAGCGCGGACGGCCGGGCGAGACGGGGAGGGCCGGGCAAGCCAGCAUCGGGCAUCUGGCAUCGGGCGGGGUAGCCGGCUGCUUUCGCUGCCUUUUCCGAACGGGGCAUCAAUCGCCGGGCAAGGGCGAUCCUGCCCGUCUCUGCCCGCCGCCCGGCGCGGCCCCCCUUGGAGCAGCGGGUGGAUGCGGGGCCGGGCCGGGGCGCGGGCGGGCGGCCGAAGCUGAGCGGCCGGCGAGGAAGAUGGAGUGCGCGCUGGACGCCCAGAGCCUCAUCAGCCUCUCGCUGCGCAAGAUCCACAUGUCGCGCACGCAGCGCGGCGGCCUGAAGCUGCACAAGAACCUGCUGGUCUCCUACGUGCUCCGCAACGCCCGGCAGCUCUACCUGAGCGAGCGCUACGCCGAGCUGUACCGCCGCCAGAGCAGCGCCCUGGCCGGCCAGCCGCCGCCGCACCCGCUCUACCCCGAGGGGGCCGGCAUCGCCCUGCCCUCGGCGCCCGCGCCCGCCCUCGGCGCUCCCCCGCCGCUGGGCGAGCUGGCUGGCCCGGACUUCCAGGCGCUGCCCGCUGCCGCCCCCGGAGCGGAGGGCCUCCAGCUGCGGAGCUGCGCCCUGGCCAGGCCGGAUCCCCCGUCCGUGCUGCUGCCACCGCCGCCGCCGCCGCCGCCGCCGCCCGCCGACGACGCUUUGGGGCUGCCCGGCGCGGCGGGCGUGUGCCGGGACUCGCCGCUGCCCUUCUACCCGCCGCGGGGCUACCCCGGCCCCAGCUCGGCAGCUGCAGCAGCAGGAGGCGGCGUCGGGACUGACUUCGGCGGCUCGUGCGCGCCCUCGGGGCUUCCGCCGUCGGGGCCCGCGGCGCACUGCUCGAGCCGCACCACCGUGCUGGACCUGGACACGCACGUGGUGACCACGGUGGAGAACGGCUACCUGCACCAGGACUGCUGCUGCGCGCCCUGCCCGCCAGGCGGCCUCGUCCCCGCCGUCGUGGCCUCCGCAGCCGCCGCCACUGCCUGCUGCUGCCCGCCGCCGCCGCCGCCCAGCCCGGGCGCCAAGCGCAAGUACGAGCCGACGGGCGGCGCUGGGGAUCCGCCGCUUCUGCCGCCUCCGCCGCCCGGUGCGCCUUCGCCCUUCGCCUCCUGUGCCAAGCGCGCCCGCUUCGAAGGCUUCCCCAGCGCUGGACCGGCGCCCUCGCCUUCCUCCUCUUCCUCCUCCUGCUCCCAUCCUUCCUCCUCCUCCUCCUCCUCUUCCUCGCCGGAUGCUUCCAACAUCUCCAGCCUGAUCUCCAUCUUCGGCUCCAGCUUCAGCGGGCUGGUCAGCCGGCCGCCCCAGCCGGCGCCGCCGUCGGACUCGGAGCAGCUCUCCAGCGGACAGCUGUGUGGCAAACAGGCGCUGGCCAGCUUGGGGGCUUGGACGCGGGCCAUCGUGGCCUUUUGAGAGCGGCCGGGGGCGCCGCUCGGCCCCCUUGGGGACGCGGGGGACGGACCGAUGGCGGGCGGGAGACCCCGAAACAAAGACUGGACCGGCGGGGCUCUGGGCUGGAGCGGGGAGGGCAGGGGGGGCGUCGAACCGAGCGAAUGUUUUCUGAGAUUGGACCGCGGACUUUCCCCGGGGCCAUCGGAGCUCCGCUUUUGCCGCGGACGACCGGCCGGCCGAGCAGAGGCGAGACGAUUCGGGCAGCGAGGAACGCGGAAGACGGGCGAAUAACUUUUCCUUUGUUUCUUGAUUUCCCGGCGCUUUUGAGUUGGAGGGGUGGGUUUUCCCCCCGUUUUUUCUGGGUUUCAAGCCUUCUUUGAUUUUCUUGCUUUGUGUGUGUGUGUGUGUCUUUUAAGAGGAGGGGUUUUUGAUUUUUUAAAAAGGGGGAAAGGUGGGACCGUGAGCGAGCGCGAAUGCUGCACGGGGGAAAAGGCGAAAUUUUGGGGGUCUCGGUGGAGGAAGAGUUGGUUCUGCCUAAUGGAGGGGGCGGUGGGGGAAAAAACUGGAAAAUUGAGGGGAGGUCCCUGCCUGGAAAGAAGGCGAUUUUCCCUUCCUUGCCUGUAAGGCUGGGGUGAGAAAUAUUUUUCAAAGCUUCAGAGUUAGGAUUUAUUUUGAAAGCCCCUUGAAAAUCUGGGCUUUGAAUGGAUUUCGCUCUAGAGUCACUGCCCCCAACUCAAACGGACAGUAUGCAUUUUUUCCACUUCUCUGCAGCUGCUUAGGGUUUUUUUUGGGGGGGGAGGCUCACCUUUAGUGGGCAUGGACCUCCCCUCCUCCCUUUUAAAAAAAAAAACCCGACGUUUUAAGCUGCAGAAAAAUAUUUCUUCAGAGGGUGAUUUUUGUAUCAAUUGACCACGUUGGAAAUGGUUACUAUUUUUCCCUUGCAUGUACACAAACAUGCAGUACACACUCUUUAAGUAUUCCAUUUGCAGAUGGGUUUUGGGGGGAGGUAACAGCUCCCAUCCUGCACAGCUGUCUGCUUCCUCCCUCCCAAGGGGAGGUGUGGAAGAAAGAGAGGCAAACAGCUCUUAAGAGCUCCCGAGUUCACUAUUUUUGUGUCUUUAACGUGUUGAAUGACUCCUCCAAUUUUUUUUUUUUUUUUGAAACACUCCUCAACCAGCCAGCAUUGUUCAGUCCUGUGUGCAGGAAAAAUAAAAAUAAAAAAUCUGUGUUUUCUGUAAUCCUUUUUUAUUUCUUGGAGAGGAGGGGGUGGGAAUUAAAUUUGUGUUUUUUUUAAUUAUUAUUUUGCAAGGGAAGGGAGGAAAAUAGCCUUUUGUUGUAAAAAGGUAGUUUUUUUUCAAUCUGCCAUCCACUUCACAUUCAGCACUGUGUAUUAAAGGACUCAUUGCCAAAACCAUUAUUUUUUUUCCCACCCUCCCUUUGUAUCUCUGUAUAUUUUUGUGUGUGUGUGUGUGUGCGUGUGUGCAUACUGAAUUGUAUAUCACCGGGUAAAACUGUUCAGAUUUGUUUAAAUUUAUAAUCUUAAUAAAAAGGCCAAUUAUAAAAGGGGAAA